CUCCCCCCCCCCCCCCUCUCUCUUUACUCGGCAUGCUGCUUCGGAACUUCACCAGCGGCUUCGUCGCGGCUGGGCUCAUCUUCUUUGCUCAUGCCGCCUCCUCCCAGCGCCAACAGGACAAUGAGCUGAGCGCGCGACUGCGGCUGCUGCGGUUGCGCGUUGACGCCGCCCAGGGCGCCAUUGCCCAGAUCAAGGCCGCGGAUACCCUGCCCCUGGAGCUCCAGUAGGAUGCCUCCGCCCUUUCCCUGUACCAUAAUCCAACGUAGAUCCCCUCCUCUUCUCCUCCCUUCUUGUGCAUUGCCCUGUGCCUCCCUUUUGCGCAUUUGUCCCUGAGUCAUGCCAUCUCCCCUGCUUUCCUCCUCACACACACACAUACACACAACACAUGUGCCCCA